AUGUCUCUUGAAAAGUUAAAAACUGAGCGCAAAAACAGCAAAUCUGGUCUAACGAGAGCCAUAAAUUGGUUAAGUAAUAAUCAAGAUACAAUCACUGAUAUUAGUCAAGUUCAAAUUCGUCAAGAAGGUUUAAAAAAACAUUUUGAUAGAUAUAAUGUGGCUCAAGACCAAAUUGAGGGUUUUCCUCAGGCUUCUUCUACCGAGGAAGAUGCUGAUAAGGAAAAUAGGCUAGAAACUGAAAAUAAAUUCUAUGAUACUCUUGCUCAAUAUGAAAAUUGUAUUAAAAAAUUGUCUGUUUCAACUCUACAAAAUGUAAACUUACCCCAGGAUACCUCACAUAGAAUUGCAGGUGUAAAAUUACCCGAUAUUACCAUAGCGCCCUUUAAUGUAUUAGAUAAAAUAACCCAUCAACUUCCCCAAGUUUCGAUCCAGGUUGAUAAGUUAAAAAUACCUAGUGAUAUUUUUGAAAAACUGGCAGACCCUGGAUUUUUCACUCCAUCUGAUAUAGACAUACUGGUUGGUGCUGACGUUUAUUAUUCUCUCUUGUCCAGCGGUAUUCUUGAGUUAGGUACUAAUUAUCCUACUCUAUUGAACACACACUUAGGUUGGAUAGUAGCCGGUAAUGUACCACUACACUGUUCAGCGCUUCAUUUACGUUCAGAGUUACAACUCUCACGUUGUAACUUUUCUCAAGAAAUCAAUUCUCCUUCAAACUUAGAUUUAGACAACAGUCUGUGUAAAUUUUGGAAUACUGAAAAAAUUUUUGAAGAUAUUCCCCUUGCACCUGAAGAUGAACAAGCAGAAGAAAUAUUUGUUUUAAAGACCCAAGUACUAAAAAGUGGCUCCUAUCAAGUUGAUAUUCCCCUCAAGUCGCCAGUUGAGCAUCUUAAGUUGGGUGACUCAUAUACUAUUGCCGAAAAACGAUUUUUCCUUCUUGAAAAGCGGUUUCAAAAGGACCCUUCUUUGUUUUCUCGUUAUAAGCAAUUUAUUGAUGAAUAUGUCUCUCUUGGACAUGCGCAAUACAUCCCUCUCACUCUCAUUACUCCCAAAUCUGAAAACAAAUAUUUUAUUCCUCAUUUAUGUGUCAUUCGUGAGUCUAGCGCGACCACGAAGCUUCGAGUCGUCUUUGACGCUUCCUCUAAGAGUUCAACAGGAUAUUCUUUGAAUGACGUAACACUCAAAGGUUUUACAGUUCAGCCUGAACUGUAUGACAUCUUAUGCCGUUUCAGAACCUUUAGAUAUGUCUUAACCACUGACAUUGAAAAAAUGUACCGUCAGGUGUCAAUAAACCCUGAACACAGAUUUCUACAAAAUAUUUUAUGGAGAGAUAACCCCAAAAAUCCAUUAAGUUGCAUAGAGCUCUCAACGGUAACUUAUGGAACCAAUUUUGCACCUUUUGUUUGCACUCGCGUGUUAAAUGAAAUUGCUCAAAUCAAUUCACAAAAGUUUCCCUUAGCCUCUGAAGCAAUUAUGACGCAAUGUUUCAUGGACGACGUUUUGGCCGGUUGUGACAAGUACUGUGAAUUGCAGACCCUUUAUGACGAACUCACUGAAAUGCUUAAAAUAUCUGGUUUUAAUUUGCACAAAUGGUGCUCAAAUUCACAGAAAUUUUUGAGUCAGGUCUCUGAAAAAGUUACUCACGAGUACAACAUGAACUUUGAUGAUACUCCUAAUAAAGUAUUAGGUUUGAAAUGGUAUCCAGUUGAGGAUGUACUUUGUAUCUCUACGCCCCAAGUCCCUCAGACAGAUCUCUUAACAAAAAGAAUGGUUUUAUCGACUAUUGCCCAAUGUUUUGAUCCAUUGGGUCUAGUAAAUCCUGUUAUUGUCCAAGGAAAAAUUUUGAUGCAAAUUCUUUGGUGUAAAAAGUUGCAUUGGGACACAAUUAUCACAGAUGAAACUAUCAUAUCAAAAUGGAAUGAUUUUAUUAAACACAUAUCUCUUCUUCAAGGUUUAAAAAUUUCUCGGAAUUUAUUUCUCAAUAAAACUAUCAAAAAUGUUGAAUACCACGGUUUUGCAGAUGCCAGCUUAGCUGCUUAUGGAGCAUGCAUAUACCUUCGCGUUAUUUACUCAGACAACACGGUCACAUGUAAUUUGAUUUCAUCCAAAUCAAAGGUUGCUCCGAUUAAGAGUAUUUCACUUCCUAAACUUGAAUUGUGUGGCAUCGUUCUAUUAGCUAAGCUUACUCAGAGAAUAGUAAAGAGUUUUGAGAAGAAUCUUAAAUCAAAAAUUACCUCUAUAAAUCUAUGGUCUGACUCGCAAAUAGCUCUCGCUUGGUGUAAAAGUCACCCUAGUAGGUGGACUGUGUUUGUAGCUCAUCGAGUAUCCCUAGUUCAGGAUCUUACUUCUGAUUGUGUGUGGCGAUACAUUAAAUCGUCCGAGAAUCCAGCAGAUAUGUUAUCUAGAGGACUAUUUUCUCAAGACAUUUUAAAAUCUGGAUUUUGGUUUCACGGGCCAAAGUUCUUAAAUUCGAUGGAUUUAAAUUUGAAAGCCUUUGAUACUCCCUCCAAAGAAACUAAUCUUCCAGAAGAACGAAAGGUUAAUUUACACGUAGUAGAAACCUUUUCGUCUCGACAAAGUGAAUUCUGGCAUGAUUUGUUUUUAAAGUUUUCUAGUUUUUCUAGGCUUCAACGAGUAAUCGCAUACAUUUUGCGUUUUAUUCAUAACUCCAAAAAUAAAUUAAGUAGAUCUGAUGGCGCUCUGACAGUCACAGAACUUAGUUCAGUUCUUCAACUAAUAGUUCAGAUACUUCAAAAAAAAUAUUUUUCUAAAGAAAUCUGUGAGCUUAAAAGUAAUAAGCCUCUCUCUAACAAGAACUUAAUUUCCCUAAAACCCUUUGUGGACACUUUUGGCAUUCUAAGAGUUGGUGGUAGGUUGGAUUAUGCUGAAGUCUCUUACGAUCAAAAACAUCCAAUCCUUCUUCCAGCAAACGAUUAUGUCGUCUCUCUCAUGCUCUCACGUGAACAUAAACGUUUAGGUCACGCUGGGCCGCAAAACGUACUCUCAAAUUUCAGACUUAGAUUCUGGCCCUUAAAUGGCUUGCGCCAAAUUAAACGCUUAAUUAGGAAUUGCACAGUCUGUUUUCGAUUCAAUGCCCAGACAAAUCAGCAAAUUAUGGCUAGUCUCCCAAAAGAAAGAAUAACAAUUUCACGACCAUUUCAAAAAGUUGGUGUAGAUUUUGGUGGUCCUUUUUUUCUCAAAUCCUCAAGGCUUCGAAAAGCCAAUGUUAUUAAAGGUUACAUUGCUCUAUUCGUGUGUAUGUCCACAAAAGCCGUUCAUCUUGAGAUAGUCUCGAGUUUAUCUACUGAAGCCUUUCUAAUGACAUUUAAACGAUUUAUUUCUCGAAGAGGCAAUCCCACAGUUGUGUUCAGUGAUAAUGCAACAAAUUUUGCAGGCGCAAGAAAUCAAUUAAGAGAACUGUACGAGUUUUUCCGAAUUGACAAACAGUAUGAUGCUUUGAAAACGUUUCUAACUCAAAACGAAACCGAAUGGAGGUUUAUUCCCCCUCGAUCUCCUCACUGGGGAGGUAUCUGGGAGUCCGCAAUUAAAAGCACAAAGUAUCAUCUAUACCGAAUUAUGAAGAAUUCUCAGUUUACGUUUGAAGAGUUUAGUACUAUUCUUUGCCAGAUAGAGGCUAUUUUAAAUUCUCGGCCGCUUUGCUCUAUGUCUAACGAUCCCUCUGACUUCUCCUCAUUGACCCCUGGUCAUUUUUUAAUAGGUACGUCCCUAACGGCCUAUCCUGAAAAGGACUUAAAGAAAAUUCCCGAAAAUAGACUCUCUUUUUGGCAGAGAUGUUCACAGAUCCAACAAAUUUUUUGGAAACGAUGGACUGUAGAGUACCUAAAUCGUCUCCAAAAUCGACCAAAAUGGUUUCGGUCAUCCAAAAAUCUCGAAGUUAAUGAUUUGGUCCUCCUCAAAGAGGAUGGAACUCCCCCUCUUAAAUGGCCUCUAGCUAGAGUGACUGAGGUUAUGAAGGGUGCAGAUGGAAGAGUCAGGGUGGUUAAACUCAAAACUACUGACGGAUAUUAUACCAGACCUAUCACAAAGGUCUGUCCGCUACCCCAAGAAAACGUUCAAGUUUCUCUUACUGAAUCUGAUAAAUAA